AUGUUUACCAGACCCCCUAAUAUUCUCGCCAGGGCUUACCUUCUGGAAUUGCUCCUCUCCAUUCUACCAGGAUUCUGGGCCCAGGUGAAGCUGGUGGAGAGAGGUGGCAAACUGAUCCAUGAGGGCCAGUCUGUGAUCCUGACCUGUACAGCUUCAGGGCUUCGCUUUAAAGACUUUGCCAUGUCCUGGCAUCGGAACUCAUUUGGAGGUUCAAAAGAAUUUGUGGCUAGUAUCAGUGCUGGGAGAGGAAACAACAAGGAGGUCAGGGAGAACUUGAAGGGCAGGGCUUUCAUUUUGAGGAAAAAUGAGGCCAAUACCAUCUCACUGACCCUGCACCAGUUAAAGAAGGAGGACUCAGGCACCUACUAUUGUGCCAAGACUGGAGUCUUCUCAGCUCAAUGGGAAAAUUUUGGUCAUGGAACAGAAGUGACUGUACUCCCACGAGAUGAGACACAGCUGGAAGAGUCAGGAGGAGGCUCACACCCAGCUGGAAAGACCCUGAGUCUCCAGUGCCAAGCAUCUGGCUUCCAGUUUAAUACAAGCCAACUAAACUGGUAUCUUUGGGUUCCUGGAGGUGCCCCAUUGUGGCUGACCAGUCUUGACCAUCAAUUUUCAAAAGCCAGUGGGGGCCGUAUCACUUCCAGAAGGAAGGACACCGAUAACCAGAUUUUUCUCCAGAUUAAUAACCUUAGCCUUAGAGACUCUGGCUACUAUCAUUGUGCAAGGAGGAUGGGUUAUGGAGAUGACACAGACAAGUUGAUCUUUGGUUCCGGGACAGAUGUGACUGUGGAACCUGGACCUCGGGACCCUCUGCCACCCAGUGUGUUUGUGGUGAGGAGUCAGGAUGCUGUGGCCUGCCUGGUCAGUGACUUUUACCCCAAGGAGAUUGAUGCAUCUCUGUCCUCCCUUGGGGCCUCUGUCUCAGCCCAGGCCCUCACUGUGGCUCCCACAGCCCAUGGUGUCUACAGUGCCAUCCAGAUUGGCAAGGCUGGUGAGAAUGACUCAGUAACCUGUUCAUUGAAGUACCUUGGCAAAGAGACCCAUGAGUCCCACCAGCCAGACACUGGGAUCAUUUCUCAGCUGGAAUCAUCCUGCUAUGACCAGGAACUUACAGAACCUGAACAGAGGAAACAGAUGGUCCUCAGAGUGCUGGGCUUGAGACUACUAUUGAUGAAGACCGUGGCUAUCAACAUCCUGUUCACCAUAAUGGCCUUGAUCUUUUGA